GUAACCGAGGUGACAAAGCCGUCCUUCUCACGGGGAUAACCGCCAGGUAACCGGUGAUUUACCGAUGGUUUAAUGGGGGCUGGAACGGUAGGGACAACGCGCUGUACCUCCAAGGCCUGAUCGAAUGGAUGCGCCUGGACGUGGGCGCGGACGGCACGCCACGGCAGGGUGGUGCGCUGUACUUCUUGGACAUUGAAAAGGCGUAUGACCGGGUGCACCGGCAGUGGCUGUAUGCGUCCGCGGAGGGACUUGGGUUUGGGCCGCGCAUGCUGCGCUGGAUCCGCCUGCUCACUGCCAACGGCUCUGCCCGCGUGUGUGUGAACGGGAUGCUCUCUGACGCCUUCCCAGUGCUGAACGGCUUGCCGCAGGGCAGCACCGCCUCACCACCCCUGUGGGUCAUCCAGAUGGGGCUGGCAGCUCUUUGAUGCAUCACUGGCAUGCCCAGUAACGAUCCAACACAGCUGGCCACGGAACCCAGGCACUGGGGUGCAUGGGGCACAGUGUGGGGUCCGAGGGCCCGUGUGCGGGUGGUGCGGGGUGUUGCACAGUACAUGUCAAGCGCCAGACCUGCUGUGUUGGCUGUCAAUGGGGCUGGCAGCUCUGUGGUGCAUCACUGGCAUGCCCAGUAACGAUCCAACACAGCUGGCCACGGAACCCAGGCACUGGGGUGCAUGGAACACAGUGUGGGGUCCGAGGGCCCGUGUGUGGGGGGUGCGGGGUGUUGCACAGUACAUGUCAAGCGCCAGGCCUGCUGUGUUGGCUGUCAAUGGGGCUGGCAGCUCUUGGAUGCAUCACUGGCAUGCCCAGUAACGAUCCAACACAGCUGGCCACGGAACCCAGGCACUGGGGUGCAUGGGGCACAGUGUGGGGUCCGAGGGCCCGUGUGUGGGGGGUGCAGGGUGUUGCACAGUACAUGUCAAGCGCCAGGCCUGCUGUGUUGGCUGUCAAUGGGGCUGGCAGCUCUUUGAUGCAUCACUGGCAUGCCCAGUAACGAUCCAACACAGCUGGCCACGGAACCCAGGCACUGGGGUGCAUGGGGCACAGUGUGGGGUCCGAGGGCCCGUGUGCGGGUGGUGCGGGGUGUUGCACAGUACAUGUCAAGCGCCAGACCUGCUGUGUUGGCUGUCAAUGGGGCUGGCAGCUCUUUGAUGCAUCACUGGCAUGCCCAGUAACGAUCCAACACAGCUGGCCACGGAACCCAGGCACUGGGGUGCAUGGGGCACAGUGUGGGGUCCGAGGGCCCGUGUGCGGGUGGUGCGGGGUGUUGCACAGUACAUGUCAAGCGCCAGGCCUGCUGUGUUGGCUGUCAAUGGGGCUGGCAGCUCUUUGAUGCAUCACUGGCAUGCCCAGUAACGAUCCAACACAGCUGGCCACGGAACCCAGGCACUGGGGUGCAUGGCACACAGUGUGGGGUCCGAGGGCCCGUGUGUGGGGGGUGCAGGGUGUUGCACAGUACAUGUCAAGCGCCAGACCUGCUGUGUUGGCUGUCAAUGGGGCUGGAAGCUCUUUGAUGCAUCACUGGCAUGCCCAGUAACGAUCCAACACAGCUGGCCACGGAACCCAGGCACUGGGGUGCAUGGAACACAGUGUGGGGUCCGAGGGCUCGUGUGUGGGGGGUGCGGGGUGUUGCACAGUACAUGUCAAGCGCCAGGCCUGCUGUGUUGGCUGUCAAUGGGGCUGGAAGCUCUUUGAUGCAUCACUGGCAUGCCCAGUAACGAUCCAACACAGCUGGCCACGGAACCCAGGCACUGGGGUGCAUGGGGCACAGUGUGGGGUCCGAGGGCCCGUGUGUGGGGGUUGCGGGGUGUUGCACAGUACAUGUCAAGCGCCAGACCUGCUGUGUUGGCUGUCAAUGGGGCUGGCAGCUCUGUGGUGCAUCACUGGCAUGCCCAGUAACGAUCCAACACAGCUGGCCACGGAACCCAGGCACUGGGGUGCAUGGGGCACAGUGUGGGGUCCGAGGGCCCGUGUGUGGGGGGUGCAGGGUGUUGCACAGUACAUGUCAAGCGCCAGGUCUGCUGUGUUGGCUGUCAAUGGGGCUGGCAGCUCCACUGUAACGACGGGAAACU